AUGGUCGAGAUCCACGCACACAAAUGUUUUAUUCAGCCGGCCGUGGACCACCCAGAAGAAGAUGUUGAUGAUGAUGAUAAUGGUAAGAAAAAACCCCUCCCUCCACCCCUCUUUGUCUAUGCCGACAUUGAGGCUAUGCAGCUGCCGGACAGACAAUUUGAAGCCAACUUGCUGUGUUACCGGACCAGCGAAAGCGAGACGAUCGUUACCCACAAGGGAAAGAACUGUGUCUGCACCUUCUUACAUGAUCUCGACGAUGCAACCGAGAUUCCCGACGAUGACCGUGAGAGAACCAUCAUCGUCAUCUUUCACAAUCUCAAAGGUUUUGACGGAAUGUUUAUUAUAGAUGAACUGUACAAACAGCAACGCGGGAUCGAAAAUCAGCUCACCGUGGGUUCCAAGGUCCUUUCCUUUCAAAGUGCAUCUAUCACGUUUAAGGACUCACUGUGUUUCCUACCCAUGCCAUUGGCUUCAUUUCCAUCGGCUUUCAAUCUCACGGAACUAAAAAAAGGCUUCUUUCCUCACGAAUUCAAUUUGCCACAUCACCAAAAUUACGUGGGCUCCAUCCCUGGCAUUGAGUUUUUUGACCCCGAUGCAAUGUCUGAAAAGAAAAAGAAAGAAUUGGAAGAGUGGCACGCUGCCCAAGUACGACGCGGAGUGCAAUAUGACUUUGCCCGGGAGAUGGAGGAGUAUUGCAAGUCGGACGUGGCUCUCCUACAAGCUGGUUGUGAAGCCUUCACCAAAGAAUUCGAGAGUCACGCCGACUUCAAUCCCUUUGAAAAAUGCAUGACCAUCGCCAGUGCCUGUAAUUUGUACUGGCGCAAGCAUUGCCUCCAAGAAGCUACUUUUGCCGUGGAACCACUCAAAGGCUGGCGAGGAGCCAACGUCAACCAUUCCAUGAAAGCAUUGCAGUGGUUAUACUACAAAGAGCAUUGCAUCCCCAAGCAGGGUAUCUGCCCGGACCGAAUAAGGCAUGUGCGAAACGGGGGUGAACAGAGUGUAACCACUGCCACAGAUUCUUACUUUGUGGAUGGGUACGAUCCCCAGACCAACACGGUUUACGAGUUUCACGGAUGUUUCUUUCACGGUUGUCCCGAAUGCCAUCCCAGAAACCGUUACACCAAACACGCCGUCAACCCGGAUCGUACCAUGGAAGAACUCUGGAGGGCUACUCAGGUCAAAGAAAACGCUCUCCGCAACCAUGGUUACAACCUCGAAGUCAUGUGGGAACACGAUUGGGACAAGUUGUGCCAACACGACCCUAAUGUUAAGGAUUUUGUGACUACCUUGCAGCUAGUGGAACCACUACAACCGAGAAAUGCCUUUUUCGGAGGGAGAACCGGUGCCGUGGCCCUUCACGCGGUGGCCUCUGAAGGGGAGGAAAUUCGAUAUGUCGACGUGACCUCCCUGUACCCGUGGGUGAACAAGAACGGAAGCUACCCUAUCGGUCACCCCACCAUCAUUACCCAACCGCGAAUUCAAGACAUUGCCAGCUAUUUUGGCAUUGCCAGCGUUGAUAUUUUAGCACCUGCAGAGCUAUUCCAUCCUGUCCUACCCGUCCGCAGUAGGAACAAGUUGACCUUUCCCCUAUGUGCGGCCUGUGUCAAGCAAGAACAGGACAACCCCAUGCUAGAGAGGAGCGACGUCUGCAAUCACACUCCCGAGGAACGGACGUUGCAAGGAACAUGGUGUACCCCGGAGAUCGAAAAGGCAGUGGAGAAGGGGUACAGGGUAAUCAAAAUUCACGAGGUGUGGCAUUUUUCACAGCAACGCGAUGGUCUAUUUCGAGACUACGUCAACACGUGGCUAAAGCUAAAGCAGGAAGCCGCUGGUUGGCCACGAUGGUGUGACACGAAAAAAAAAAAGCAGCAAUACUUGACGCAGUACAGAGAAAGAGAGGGCAUAGACUUGGACUAUGCCAGCAUUCAAAAAAAUCCCGGCCGAAAAGCGACGGCCAAAUUGAUGCUGAACUCCUUCUGGGGAAAAUUCGGAGAAAGGCAAAACAAGCCCAGGACCGAGACCAUCACUUCUCCUUCCCAGCUGUUUACCCUUUUGUUUCAUUCCCACAAAAAUGUUUCUACUCUGCGAAUUUGUAACGAGGACGUGUUAGAAGCCGUGUCUACGGACCUUGAUGACAAUGUGGUUCCCAGUAACAAAACAAAUAUUUUUGUGGCAGCAUUUACGACCGCGUGGGCCAGACUACGUUUGUACGAGGCCCUCGACGUGUUACAGCAGCAAGUAUUGUACUAUGACACCGACUCUGUCAUUUACCGCUGGAAACCCGGACGACCCUCCAUCCCUAUCGGUGAUUUUUUGGGCGAGAUGACAGACGAGUUAGAGGGUGACAUCAUCACCGAAUUCAUCUCGGGCGGGGCAAAGAACUAUGGUUACAAAACCAGGGGAGGAAAAACUGAAUGUAAAGUGCGUGGUUUCACCCUGAAUGUCAGAGGUAAAGAGGUCCUCAAUUUCGAGACCAUGAAAAGAAACAUACUGUCAGAGAUAGACGACCCACUGGAAGAGCGAAGAGUGAUUCGGGUGAACAACCCCAAUCAUUUUCAGCGCAACACGACGAACAAGACCAUCAGGCUGGUCCAUCAAGUGAAGCAAUAUGGACUGGUCUUUGACAAGCGGGUCAUUGACCCAGACACUAAAAUUAGUUAUCCUUUUGGCUACCGUGCCUGGUCAGAGGUCGAUGACGAUAAUAUAGAUAUAUUGUUAGACUUGUAA